CGGAAGCAGGAAGCACGUGAGGCAGCGGGCUGCAGGAUCUCACCGCGUGUGUCUGUCGCAUUCCUAACCAGGGAAGAAUGUUGAGCCUGAUGUCCCCGUGUCGGAGCUGUGCGUUAUAAAUGGGUGGCAGGAGGCUGAAGCUCCUGGCAGAUUCCUAUGGGUACCUUGCUGCUCAGAAAGAUGUGGGUGGCAGUUCUCCCAAACCCCCGCCUUGGGUGUCUCUUCACCCUCAUGGUCCUGCAGCUGCCCAAGCUGAAUACAGGUCACUUUGAAGUCCUCGGACCCUUGGAGCCCAUCCUUGCCUUAGUAGGUGAAGACUCAGAGCUGCCCUGUCACCUCUCACCCAGUGUGAGUGCUGAGCAGAUGGAGCUGCGCUGGUUCCGGAACACAUUCUCGCCUGCAGUGUUGGUCCACCAUGAAGGCCAAGAGCUGAAGGAAGAGCAGACGCCUGAGUAUCGAGGGCGGGUGACACUAGUGCAGGACAACAUCACUAUGGGGCAUGUUGCUCUGAAGAUACACCAGGUCAGGACCUCUGAUGAAGGGGUGUAUGGGUGCUCCUUUAGGGAUAAACAAGCUCAUGGAGAAGCCUUCGUCUCUCUGAAAGUAGCUGCUAUGGGUUCUGACCCUCACAUUAGUAUGAAAAUUCAAGAGAAUGGAGAGAUGGAGCUGGAGUGCACCUCCUCGGGAUGGUACCCAGAGCCUCAGGUGCGGUGGACAACUGCCAACAGAAAGAAGUUACAAUCCAUUUCAGAGUCCAGGAAUCGUGAUGAGGAAGGCCUGUUCACUGUGGCAGCCUCAGUGAUCAUCACAGACAGCUCCAUAAAGAGUGUGUCCUGCUGCAUCCAGAAUCUCCUCCUUGGCCAGGAGAAGGAAGUAGAGAUCUCUGCACCAGUUGUUACAGGACCAUCCUCCUUAAUCUGGAUUGUCAUGGCAGCAGCAGUACUUCUGGGGCUUGUGGUAAUAUGUUUGGCUUGGACACUACACCGGACAAGAAAGAGGAAGAAUCAUGGCAGAGUUGGUCCUCUAGAAUGGAGGUUGGCACGGUUAUAUGCAGUCCUGUGAUAAAACAUCCCAACAAGGCAGCUAUUUGAAGGAAGGGUACGUUCCAGGCUCACACUUCCAGAGGGAUGAGAAUCCUCACCAUCAUGGCAGGGAGCGUGGCAGCCGGCCAGGAUGGCACUGGGGCAGCAGCUGGGAGUGUACAUCCUGAACCACAGCAGGAAGCGGAAAGCACACUGGGAAGGGGACUGGCCUUUGGAAACCUAAAGCCUGAGCCUGGUGACACACCUCCUCCAACCAGGCCACACCUCCUAACCCAUCCCAAACAGUUCUACCAGCUGGGGACCUGGGGACUAGGUGUUCAAAACCAAGUGUGAACCUGUGAGGGCCACUGUCAUUUAAACAAGCACACCUCCCAAGAACCCAAAGACCAAGAAUAAAGAGACGGGAAACUAUUGAUAAGCUUUUAGUAGUGAGCACAAAGAGAUUUUUAGUUGUGGGAGAAAGCCUGAUCUUUCUUUCCUAAAGGGCCUUGAAGAAUGGCCCAGACCAGCUCCCUAUGACAGGGUGAUGGAAGGCACAGCAAACCCUGGAUGCUGUCAUCUUUGAUGUUACCUGUGGCUGCUGAGGAGAGGAUAGAGGCUGUGAGCAGGCAUCUCUUCCCUGAGGGUACCUGUCAGCUUCUAGAACACUGCUGCAUAUCUUUAGAGAAGGAGGGGUAGGCCACGCUCCAUCUGGCAUUCACUGAUGCACUUUCUCUUUGCUUUUAGUUGGUGUGACCCUGGAUGAGAACACGGCCCACCCCACCUUGUUGUGAGCAACGAUUCAAAAUCCGUUUACCUGGCAGACUCCCGUCAGACAUUGCCUGAUACACCAGAGAGAUUU